AUGAGCUGCACGACUGGGAGUUCGGUGAAUCGGGAAGAACGACAUAAGUCAAUCGGAGUCCCUAUGCGUUGCUGGUGCGGGAGGAAGGAGGAUUUUCUAGUGUCGAAGACCAAUGAGAAUCCGUAUCGGAGGUUCUACCGUUGCCAGGGCGCGCUGCAGCGGCAGACUGAGUUACACCUAUUCAAGUGGGUAGAGGUAGCUAUGGCGGAGGAAUUCGAGGCACAAAAAGUGGAAAUUGGGAAGGCUUUUUCUGAGUUGGAGAGGAUGGGAGGGGACUGUAGUGCAUUGGGUCGUUGCCUGAAGUCUCAAUUUGGAAGCCUAGAGGACCGUGUUUGUCAAUUAGAGAAUGACGCCAAACUGAGGAAAGCAGAGGAAUGUAGUAACAAACGGAAGGCCGUUGUUGGAGUUUCUCGUCAUCUUGGGGUUGCAGUUUGUGUCGCUGGUGGUUUAGCUUUGGUGUACAAAGCUGUAUGCGGGUAG